AAAUGUAUAGAUUUCAAAAAUACAAUUGCUAUGAGCUUUAUCUCUCUUUUCUUUUCAUUCUGUAAUGUAUUUGGUUAUUGGUUUUUCUUUUGUUUGAUAAACGAACUUGUUUAUCGUUAUAAAGUGAACAUGAUCUUUUUUCUUUUUCAUAAAAUGUUAGCUUCCUUUUUACGCUUAUUCAAAAAAAAAAAAAGAAUAACAUAUCUGGAGUUUAAUUUCGUCAAUAAAAAAGAAACGCGCACAUAUCCAUUUCUUCCCGCCUUUUAUCAUGACAAAAAAAUACACUGCCAAAGACCUUAUUAGAGUGAGAUAUGCAAAUGAUCCUACUGCAGACACAUUCUUUCAAUGGGAAGGUUCUGUUCUUGCAUUUGUACCCGGAGAAGCACCCAAGACCAUCUUCAAAUGUGUUGGCAUGAACGUUUCCAAAGCAAGAAUAGAAAACGAUAAACUGUUGAUUGCUGGUCGAGAAUUAACUUAUUAUCUUGAUCCUAAAACAGGCGAGAAACUAAAGACUUGGGAUAAUCCAUGGACAGGCGAAAAGAAGUUGCCAGUGAUACAUAUUGCCAACGAUCCAGUUCAAAUGCCUUUGCCUGCUGCUAUCCCACUUGAAGUGCGCCAUAAUCCAUCUGGUGGCACAUCGGCUAUUUUAUCCGAGAUUCCUCUCUUUUAUCCUAAUCCACUCUAUACCGAAGACCAUAAAUUUGAUGUUUAUGAUGCUAAUCGCAUGUAUGAAGCGGGCGAAUUGUUUACAUUUAAAUGCACAACAGAGGAUUUGGACCAAGCAGAAACACUAGACCGUGUCGACGUCAAUUGGUCACGUAUCUCUAGAUUUGCUCCGUUCAUGAAAAUGGGCGGCAAACAAGGUUAUUUAGUCUAUCAUUGUACUGGUUAUAAGUUGCCUCAAGGUUCCACAGCAGAAGACUUGUAUCCUUUCUUGGCUAAAGAGAUUUGUUCCCUACAAAAUUAUGCUCAUGCACCUGAAUAUGAUCCUCAAGCCAAGAGUGUAUCUAGCUGGACUUAUUUUAGAGAUCAUUUUGAUCGCUAUCAGAAUGAGCCAGAGGCUACUUGGCCCUUUUAAUACUUUUAUUUGAUAUGUGAAAUAUAUUGAAAUACAUAAGAC